AAUCGGGUUUUUUCAUUUUCCAUUUUCCUUUCUCUUCUCCUAUUAUGCAAAUCAUGACUCUCUUCCAUUCUUCUCGGUCAAGGAAAAAAAGAAAUCCCUACUUUUCCUUUGAUAAUCCCCCUUAGAUUCUUCUACAGCUCUCCUUUUGAUUAGCUUUUGUCUAAUCCAUGUCAGAUUCCAGCAAACUAAACCAUACCGUUGUUCCUUUUGACUCAGUUCCUCCUAUGAACACCACUUCAAAUCUAGGGUUUUUAUGGGGUUUAUGAGCCUUUGGGUUUAUUGGGUCAAUCAAAGUUUCCCUGAUCUCAUCGAAUUAGAUCUAGUUUUCGCAGGUUUUCUGAAUUAGGCUUCACUGUUGGUGGAAUUUGGUCUCUGAUCAUCAUAUUCUGGACAUGCAUAUGAUCUUAUUAUCUUUCUCCUUGCAAGAUGAGGUUCAGUGUUAACAGAAUUUAAUCGGGUUUCAGCAGAAUCUGGCUUCUGAGUUGGGUACAAACAAUAGUUUUUGGAAUCCCAUGGCUUAUAUGUCGAUUCCGGGUUCUGGUUCUGGAUCGAGAUCGAGUUCGAAUUCUGGGUUUCAAUUCUUGAAUUCCCCUUUCGGAGACACCACUUACACCAAAGUCUUUGUCGGUGGAUUGGCUUGGGAGACGCAGAGUGAAACUAUGCGUCGGUACUUCGAGCAGUUUGGGGAGAUUCUUGAGGCGGUCGUGAUCACUGAUAAGAAUACGGGGAGGUCGAAAGGUUACGGUUUUGUGACUUUCCGUGAUCCUGAAUCUGCAAGGAGGGCCUGUGCUGAUCCAAACCCUGUUAUUGACGGUAGGAGGGCUAACUGUAACUUGGCAUCACUUGGGCGGCCUAGGCCGGGACCGUCAUAUGGGCGCCUGAGGUCAGCAGGUCCCUUUCUUGGAAGUUUACAAGUUCCCCGGGGAGCAUAUGUAGGAAGCCCUGGUUACCACCAACCAGUUUCUUAUGGUUACCAACAAGGAUUUGCAUAUCCUCCUUAUGGGUACACAACAUAUGGACCUGAAUACGUCUACCCACAGGGUGUUUAUAAUCCUUAUAUGAGUCAGCAAUAUCUUCAGAUAUAUGGGGUACCAGGGGGAGUAAACACGGCCAUCUACCCGUUUGGGCAAUUUGGUCAGCCUCUUCCUGGCAGUCAUGGUUAUGCAACGGUUCAGGGCUACGCAAUGCCAGGUCCUCAUCUUGUGCAAUAUAGUGGGCCUGGUGUCAAUGGAGUAACCACAGCUCCUAUUCCUACAAUUCAAGCACCAUAUCCUACAGGUAUAGCAACGCCAGUUCCAUCACAGCCACAGUUCAUAGUUCCUGCUCAUUCUCCUCAGUUCACGCAGGGUAGUGGUUCAGACCAGACGAUAGGUUGAGGGGUGGAUCGAACGAGUUGCAUCUUGACGUUCCUUAGAUUGCAGCAGGACUAAGAGCAGCAGUACUGCUACUUGAGUGGCGGGCUUCAAAUCUAGCCUUGCAAGUUAUUAUCUAUGCAUUCUAGAGGUCAUCCGUAGUCAUGUUCACCAGAGAUAGCACAAAAGUCAGAUGUCAUGUCGCUCCAAUUGCCGGAGCUAGGAACAGGGAAGAGCGCGGAUUGCUCUUCUGUUCCGAUAGUGUCUGUAAAAACCCUCAUUUCCUGCCAGAACUUGAGAUAAGCUGGCAGUGUGUGGAUUUGUGGAUACUGGAAUCUGGUUUCCAGCAACCAUGUAGGAACAAAAUUGUGUAAAUUCUACAUAUAGAAUCAAAAUAUGAUUCUUUGAUGUAGACCCAGGAUUUGGGUGUAUAGGAGUCAAGUCAGUCCCUAGUGUGGAGGGUGGGUCUUGCAUUGUAAUUAGCAGGUCUUGUGUAUAGCAGUAGUGAUUGUUGGAUACUUGGAUGAAUGUUUUUUAUUACUUGGUCCUUACUGAAAUUUCCUGUAAUUUGGAACUCAAAAAUGCCUUGGAGCAUAGAUGGGAUGAUGUUAAUAAGGGAUUUUGUUAAUAUUUUUUUGGAUUAUUUAUCAAGCCUUGGAUGACUUAGGGCUGAUUUGGUA